AUGUUCGAACACAAUUUAUACCGUUCCACCAAGAAGGGAAUCUCUGGACCUCCAUCGUACAGCACUACGCAGAAUGGGAGCAAUAAUCAGGAACCGAAAGCCUCUGCAGGUCAACAAAACUCGUCCGUAGAACCCGACUAUAACGGACAGAAGGCCUCUCAGGGCGCAAGUCAAUAUGUCCAGAUGUGA